AUGAACCCGGCUACCCACUACAUGAUCAAAUCGAACGACAACAAGUCCAUAUGGAUUAGUAAAGGAGCUGCUAGGCACUGCGAGCGAGUCUUCAACAUCUUCCAAGCCAACCCCCAGUUGGUCAUCCCUGUCACGGCAGGUGGCAACGAGUUGAAGAAGGUUGCGACCUGGUGUGAACAGUAUAAGGAUGGGUACACCCACCAUCCACCAACAGAUUGGGACCGUCAGUUUUUGGCAAUCGAGGACUCCCAACUAACAGAUGUUCUCACGGCGGCACGCAAGCUUUUAGUGCCCCCAUUGAUGGGUAUCUGCUUUAGAGCACUUUGUGAGAGGACCCAACAGAAGAGACUGGAGGAGAAGCAGAAAAAUGAUGGGCUCUGCUACAGUAUCCAAUCGGAAGACGGACAGGUGUUCGAGCUGACCGCAAAAGCUGCCAAGUUAUCCGGAACUAUUUGCACAAUGAUCUCAACAAAUGCAGUUCAAAUCAACAAUAAGGAGAGCCCGAUCCGUUUGGAGCUCACUGCUGCUCCAUUGACCAUUAUCUUUAAAUGGUGUGAGCAUCAUAAGAUGGAUGGUACUGUAGGAGUGAUGACUGCUUGGGAUAAGGAGCUGUUGGCAAUCGGGAAUCAGGAGCUGAUGGAAGUGUUGUGUGCGGCGAAUGCGUUGGGAGUGAAGACACUCUUCCAGAUGGUCACCGACAUUAUUGGACAGCCCGGAUGGGGAAGACAAUGA